AUGGGCCACCGAUCAAAGUUCCCCUUUUCCAUACCGGGCCGGAAAGCCAAGCCGGUGCCUCCGCCUCCUCCACCAGCACCACUCUCCUCUGGCGCCCCGUUAACCAAGGCACAAAAGAUCCUUGGCACGGGGGAGAUCAACAUCGAUUCUCCAUGGGACAUCAGAGCCAGCCCGGUCAUCAGUAACGCCCCUGUUUCGAGCGCAGCUCAUCAUAGCGAGAGAGAUGCUGGGCGGGGAAGGGCUCAUCACAAUGAGGCUUCCGCUUCCCACGAGAGGCGAUGGGAUAACGAGUCAGAAGCUGCCCCGAGGAAUACGGGCUGGCAGCAUAACGAGGGGCCAGAAGCCAUGAACUACGAAGUUGCCAACACCUCUCAUCAACAACGACGGCAGUCUAGCUCGACGGUUGCCUCGCACUACGACCAACAGCAGCAGCACCACCAGCUACAAAAGCAACAAACACAAAACUCGGUCAUGUCCAAACCCCAACUACCUUCCAAGGCCCAGCAACUACUUGAUUUCGAUAAUGGCAUCCAAGAGACCGUACCCGAAGCGAGAAUGAAGAAGAAGAAGUCAUCGAUGCUUGAUAUCUCUUCUCGGCUACUCAAAUCCAAAUCUUCCAAACACCUGAAGCCGGAUUUGGUUGAUUACAGCGCCCAUGUUCUGGGUGCAGAUAUGAUUACCAACUCGCCAGCCAUGCCAACAACGCCGGACAUGAGCCAGCAACCGAGGAAACAACGGGCCGAGAGGAGUGAUUACGAACGCUACCAACAGGAAUCCUAUGCCAACUCGGCCGGGCAGGAGAUGUAUGAGGCACCAAAUCUGGAUGAGGGCCCGGCACCUGACGAAGAAGUCUCUUCCUUCCCGGCGCCACCGCCUUUGAAUGCUUCUGCGAGAAAGAUUUCCUUGUCUCUGUUCCCACCAGCACCGAGCGGCCGACCGGUUCAAACACCUAAGCAGCCAGAGGGCCCGCCAUCCAGUGUCCUUACGCCGUCCAGCUUAGCAUCACCCCUCGCGGACAGUGCCAGUAUCUCGAGUCGUCACACCAGGACUUCCAAGGCCUCGAAGCGGACAGAUCGUAGCAUGACGGAGCUUGACCUACAGAUGAACAGCGUCUUGUCUUUGUCAUCGGAUUCGGAGGAGGAUAGCUACGAGCCAUCUACACAAAACUCGCUGGCCGUGCCAAUGGGGUUGGGCGAGCAGGGGCCAAUGAGCCCAGCCAGCACUCGUUCCGCAUCCUCACAACCUUCUUCGUCGAUGGCUGAUUAUAGCCGAGCUAAACCAGCAAAGCGAUCGCAGUACGGCGCACAAACACAGUUUCUGCCUAUUCCCGAAGGUGCAGCGGCAGCUGAUGUUUCGAGGAGAAGCUCGAGAGGCAGCUCUCAGAAGACAAGCUCGUCCAAGAAGCAGGCAGCAACAUCAUUGCUUCAUCAGACUUCCCGUCUCUCCAUAGGCAGCACAUCCACGUCCCAGACCGCGAUGCAUGGUACGCUUUCCCAGUCGAAAAAGGAAGCCUACGACGACAACGACGACGACGACGACAAUAUGCAGUUCGAAGACUUCCCAGCUCCCCCACCCAGCAUCCGGAGCACACGGAAUUCGAUGGCCUCCCGCAACUCUGGAAACGCCACGCCACCCCUGUCGCCGACCAGCGUCGACGUCGACUUUUACCUCCAAAACCGCAACAGCGAAGCAUUCGGGGCAUAUGCGCCGGACAACCGAUCUGUGUACAGCGGCCGAAGUCUGGGAAGCGACGGGAUGGGUCCAGGAAGGCGGGGCAGCACCACCAGCAGCAUCCAGGACAACGCCAGCGGGCGGUUCAUGGCCGUGACGCGCCAGGAGGAGAUGUUGCUGGCCGCCCUGCGCCAGAAGCGCGCCCGCAUGCGCGAGGACAUCCUCGCCGAGUACGGAGACAACCGGGACGGCAGCGGCAUGGACCGCGACCUCGAUCCGCGAGAUGCGCGUGAUCCCCGCCUCACAAUGAUGAGCGAAAGCACUACCAGCAGCAGCAGGGUUUCGAGGCAGUCGUCGACUAGCACGAUGCGUCUGAUGGAAGCUCAUGCCUUGAAUGCGAGGCCGCAUGGGCAUCAGCGACCCCAGAUUCGCAUUAGCACUGGGUCUGUCGAUAAGCGAUCGGACAGGACCAUGUCGGAUGCUUCCGGACAGAUUCUGGUCAUGAUGGAUAGACCGCUUAGGCAAUCGUCGGGAGGCGGAGGCGGUGGUGAGUCGGAGCCCAGCCCGGAUCUGGAUGGGUUCAUGCACUUUGACGACGGAGAGAUGUUGACGAGGGGCGCGUUCGGUGGGCCUUAUGAAGGCGGUGCCCCUGACACCAGACGCAACAGCCGGUCAUCGACUUCGGGAUCUCACCGGGCUCAGAGGACUCCCUCCUCGCGCUCAAAGGCUUCGUCGCGGUCGGACCGCGACCACAUCAGUGUUCCCCGGAGGACGUCAGAUCAAAUCAGCCCCAAGACUUUUGGAUGUCUGGCCCGCGAGGCGGAGCGCCGGAACCGGAUUGUUGAGGCUCCCGAGGAGGAUGACUAUGAGGAGGAUGGCAUUCCCCGCCCUGACUCGCCUAUUUCUCCUGGCGAUUUCCCCGUGCCGGUCUCGAUGCUGAAGAAGAAUGUUAGGUUGAGCGCUGUUGGCCAUUACUAA